AUGGAUAGUUCAUCAAAAUCUAUGAAUUAUGAAGAUACUUCAGUAAGUUCAAGCACAGAUAUAAAUGAAAAUAACUUGGAUUGUGUGGUCAUACCAGAAAUUUGUUCGCAAAAAAGAAAAGAUUACACUGGUAAACCUAGUAAAAAUGUUGAUGAUUACGUGUCAAAAUUAAGCUCAGAAGAAAUACUGCAAUUUCACAUUCCCAACUAUGAAGACAACCCUGAUCCUUUUCGUAACUGUGAGCUAAAAAUAGCACUAGGAACAAAAAACACACUUGAUCUAAUGCAUCUUCAGAAAAAUACAAAAAUUACUGAUCAUAAUAAUGAUACACCAGAUAUAUCCAUUGGAUCAAGUAAUACCAUCAUAAAAAAGAAAGCUGGUGGAUCCUCAAUUCGCAGCCCAGCUUGGAAAUGGUUUGAAGAAGCAUAUAUUGAUAAUAUUCGAUAUGGUAGACAUCUAGAUAUUGAGCAUGGAUAUACUAAAAAUAGUGUACAACAACAGACAACAAUAACAAAAGCAUUUGAAACUUCUUUAUCAAAACUGCAUAAUACAACUGAACAGGCUAUUCGUGAUAAGGCUAUUACUGAAGUUAUUGUUGUACAAAAUCUUUCACUUUUUUUUACAGAAGAAAAAAUGUUUAAACGAUUUGCAAAAAUUGUAGAUUCACGAUGA